AUGAAAAAUAUCAUGAAGAUCCCAAGUGAGUAUAUAUUGAAAAGGUGGACACGAAAAGCAAAGGGUGGAUACUUUGGAGUUAUUGAUUCAAUUGCAAACAAAGGUAGUUUCGAUCCAAAAACUUGCAGCAAUAUGCGAUAUAAAGAAUUGAGUGGGUUGUCUGUUCAAUUGGUUACCAAGGCAGCGGAGAGAGAAGACACUUACAAGGUUGUUAAAGAUGGUUUGUUGAGUAUGUUUAAAAUUGUGGAUGAGAGGUUACAAGUUAAUGAACCAACUGUCCAACACUCAAUUGAAAGAGAGUUCGAAAUUGACGAAGGAAACUCUCUUGGAGUCAAAGGAAUUAAAACAAAGAAGAAAACAGUUUCAGGUAAGAGGUUAAAAGGUGCAUUAGAUAAGAUUUCAAAGAAAAGGAAAGCAGCGAGGACAACCAACCAAACUUCAACAUUUAAGCCUAUAGAAGAGCAUUAUGAAAGUAUUUCCAACAUGCCCAAUGUAGAAUGUCAACGGAUGAUCCAUCAGGUAGCUUUACCACAAGCUUCUAUUUGUGUUUUGGCUUCUCAGAUUUCAAACUGUGAUGAGAGUCUAAUUGGUGCUACGCUCCAAGACAAAGACAAGUUGGAACUGGUUACUGGAAGAAUGAAGACUUGUUGUGCAGUUCGAAGUUGGAGUGGACAUUGUGCAAUGUGUGAAGAAGAUGUGUAG